ACAUGUUCAUUUAUUGGUUGAACGCAACAAAAAACUUUUUUUUGAGGCCGAUCAAUAAUUUUUUCUCUUUUCUUGAUCUAUUUUUUAUGGUGAAUCGAUAUUUAGUCGAGCAAGUCUGCAGUUAUUUUGGACUUGUGUUUUGGUCGCUUCAAUUAGCACCACAAGCUUGGAAGACAUACAGAAGAGGAACAUCAACGGGUGUCUCUGUAUGGACCAUGUGGAUAUGGACUUUUGCAGGCAUCUUCUUGGGCUGCUAUAAUGUCGGUUUAAAAGUAACAGCAGCACUCUGUGUUCAACCACAAAUUUUUGCUUUUAUUUCUACCAUAUGUGUUUUUCAGGAAUUUCGAUAUCAGCAUAAGUGGUCAUUAAUCAAGACAUGGGUUGGAUUUAUUCUUGCAUGUUUACUAUUUGGUGGUUUUGAAGCGGGAAUGGUCUUUGCUUUUAGAAAAGCUGAACAAAUGAAUAAUGAAGAUGCCAUUCGAUUUUUUGGUAUCAUACCUGUUGUCUUUGUCAUUGGUGGAUUUCUACCUCAAUACUAUGAAAUAUUUCGCGAAAGAAGAGUUAUAGGUGUAUCACAUCUUUUUCUUGCCAUGGACUUUUCUGGUUCCAUUUUUUCAAUUGUCAGUCUAGUUUUUAGUGAUAAUAUAGACGCACUUGAUCUCGUGAAUUAUAUUGCCAUCAGUUGUCUCGAUGUAGGCAUACUUGUUCUUUAUUAUAUUUUUGAGUGGUAUCAAAAUAGGCUAGCCAAGCAAAAAGACAUAGAAGCACCAACCGUUAAAGAGUUAACCGAUGACUAUGAAGAUGCUCAUAACACCAAACCUUCAUCUUCCGAGGCAUACACCAAGACCACAUCUUGAAAGCUACGAGGCAAAAGAACCUCCAUUGAAAUAGCAAACUACCUAAUAGAAUAAUCAUACAUGUGUAGACGAUCAAUUCUAAAAAGAAAAAUGCUAAAUAGUAGUACCAUACAUCACCUAUUCAUCAUUAUAUAAAAAAAAACAAUUUACUUGUGCUUUAUCCUACUUGGACAGUGUGUCAACUUUAAUAACAUUCUUGUCACUUGAAUACUUGAAGAACCUGUAACUCCAAAGAUACAGAACCGCCAAAACCAGAGCGCAUAGUACUUGAAGCCCCUUGUCUGUUUUCUUUCGUUCAUAACCGUACUAGUGGGGAGAAGUAAGCGUGUUUCCUCGGGCAUUAUUUCUUGAUUAUUUUGGCUCAUAAUUCUUAUCAGAUUUUUUAAGAAAAAAGAAAAGAAAAGGGUUGGGU